CUACUAUAUAACAAAUAAUUUGAGAAUGGAGUCUUCAAUGAAAAUGGAGCACUCUUGGUGAUGUCUGCCUCCAUUCUUAACAUUGGUGAUGUGUGCUCACUGUAUGCCGAGGGACAAGUGUCCGGAUUUAUAAGCACACUCGGUUUGGUCGACGACAGGACAGUUAUCAGGCCAGACGAUGGAGACUACCAAAACCCUCCCAGAAAGUUUCGUGACUGUUUGUUUAAGAUCUGUGCCAUGAACCGUUACACAGCACAGAAGCAGUUCAAGAAGGCAGCUAAACCCACCACCAUUACUGAUGCGGUGCUGUUGAAGAAGCUGCAACAUGCGGCCGAUCUGGAGAAGAGACAAAAUGAGGAGGAGAGCAUGAACAUGACCGGGCAGGAGGUCACGUACGGCUCUAUCAUUCAGUUGUUACAUUUGAAGAGUAACAAAUUCCUGACGGUGAAUCGAAGCGGUUUGACGCAGCUCUGCGAGAAAGAAUGCAUGAGGGUCAACCUGGAUCAGAGUGGAAAUGAGAUCUACGUGAAUGACAAAGUCAAGAUAUGUCCCAUGGGUAGUACAGCGGCUCUGAACGCCAGUUCUCAACCGCUUCUAGAUCACCCCGGGUGCAAUGAAGUCAACAUGACUAACUGUGAUACAAGUUGGAAGAUUUCCUUGUUUAUGGACUUCUCAGAGAACAGGGAGGACAUCUUAAAAGGGGGCGAUGUGGUGCGGUUGUUCCACGCGGAGCAGGAGAAGUUCCUAACGUGUGACGACUACAAGGGGAACAGUGUUGUCUUCCUGCGGAGCACUGGCAGAACCACUAAAACUGCUGCCACCAGCUCUAAGGCUCUCUGGGAGGUGGAAGUUGUAGCUACAGACCCUUGUCGUGGUGGAGCAGGACGGUGGAACUCUCUCUACCGCUUCAAGCACCUCGCUACUGGCCAGUAUCUAGCUUGCGAGAUUGACCCGGACCCGAUUGAAGACUCCAACAGACUUAAGUUGCAAGGAGGAAAGGACAUGCCUGUAUUCCAGCUGAAUUCUGUGCCCUAUGGUCACGAUAUCUUCUCCAUAUUCGAGCUGGACCCGACAACUAUUAUCAAGGGAGAUGAGCUUGUUCCCCGCAGCAGCUACGUCAGGCUACGACACCUCCGCACAAAUACCUGGUGCCACGCAACCAACAUUCCUCUUGACAAGAACAGUGACACACCUGUUAUGCACAAGGUCGGGUUAGCUCGAGUUCGCGAGGACAAGGAAGCGUUCGCUAUUGUGUCGGUUCCUACGGCAGAAGUCAGGGACCUUGACUUUGCGAACGAUGCUUGCUUGGUUCUGAAGGAAGCCGUACAACAGGUCAAGUCAGGAACAUUAACUCAAAACGGAAGAAAUGAAGCAAAGAAGAAAUCAUUUGGUGGUUGGGGUGAUGAAAAAGCGCUGACAGUCCUCCUCUCGGAACUGAUAUGUUUCUGUCUGGAAGUUGACCUGACAACUAGGGAUGUGAUGAACGUCCAGGGUAAACCCAACAGAGACCGACAAAAACUAGUCAGGGAACAGGACAUCUUAAAACAGGUGUUCGAGCUUCUGAAAGCUCCGUUUAACAAAGAGACGCCUAUGGAGCUGCUGCUAGACAAGAAGUGGGCUCCUUUCCGGUCUAUCUGUAGACUCAGUUACCGGAUGAUAAAAGUCUCGCAGCAAUCUUACCGUAAAAACCAGGAAUACAUCGCUAAAACCUGGUUUUCGUUCAUGCAAAGCCAAAUCGGUUACGAUAUCCUAGCCGAGGACACGAUCACAGCCCUGUUAAACAACAACAGGAAACUUCUAGAAAAGCACAUCAACGCCAGUGAGAUAGACACGUUUGUACAGCUGGUCAGGAAGAAUAAGGAGGGUCGGUACUUGUCUUAUCUGUCGGACCUGUGUGUGUGUAAGGGCGUGGCUAUUGCUUCUACCCAGGAGCUCAUCUGCAAGUCUGUUCUCUCUUCUACUAACUCCGACAUUCUUAUCGAAACUAGGAUGGAGGGAGGGGAGAUAAACAUGUACAUGUACGGCUCUCAAGAUAAGAAAGACCUGCAGACUCUCAGUAAAAACGCAGCAGAGGGCCACGAGGAAGAUCAGGCUACUCUCGCUUACUACCAAUGUCAGUUGGACUUGUUCAGUCAGAUGUGUCAAGAGAGACAGUACCUUGCUAUAAACAGUCUCAAGUCACAGCUGUCAGUUGAUCUUCUACUCAAGUGUAUGGCGGACGAGGACUUGUCCCACGAUCUGAGAGCGUCCUUCUGCCGGCUGAUGCUGCAUAUGCAUGUGGACAGGGAGCCCCAGGAGAACCACCAGUCUGUGAAGUAUGCGCGGCUCUGGAGCUACAUUCCUGAUGAGAUCACCAUCAACAAUUACAGUCCACCCGCUGCUCAGGCCCCAGAAAAGUUUACUCACGUGACAAAGUUCGUCCGAGACUACCUGGGAACUCUAGAGUCUAACACCUACGUCUUUAGGGACUCUCAACAGAACAAGCUCACUUACGAGGUCGUCAACUUAGCAAAACACUUGGUAUACUUUGGUUUCUUCGGAUUUAAAGACCUUCUUGCAUUGACAAAGACAAUGUUAUCUAUAUUGGACUGCGUAAAGGGGCCAGCUAAAGAGGUGUUACGAGCUAUCAGCGACCUAGGAGCUGCAGUAACGAACAUGGUCCUUGGGGGAGAGGGUGCCGCUCCACCCCCUCCUGUUCAACCGAAAGGAAGCGGCAGCGCAAAAUCGGAAUCUGACGUAAUCGUCAUGAACACCAAGUUAAAGAUAAUAGAGAUCUUAGAGUUUAUAAUGAACGUCCGCCUGGACUACAGGAUCACGGCCCUAUUGGUUAUCUUCAAGAGGGACUUCGCCGGGAAUCAGCGAUCUGAGGCACUGGAGAAUGGGGGAGAUAGGAAAACCUCUGCGUUCGACAUUGGUAUGAGUUCCAUAAUUCCAGAAGCCGAAAAGAUAUUCGAAAGUGAGAACUGUCCCGAGUUAGAUCUGGACGGAUGCCAGGGUAAAACCUUCCUCCGGGUCCUCCUUCAUCUGGCGAUGCACGACUACCUGGACCUGGUGUCCGGGGCUCUCCAACUUCUCCUCAGACACUUCUCCCAGAGACAGGAGGUCCUCCAGGCUUUUAAACAGGUACAACUGCUGGUAUCACAGAGCGAUGUAGAGAAUUACACUCAAAUCAGAACCGAUCUUGAUAAAUUGCGGCUUAUGGUGGAAAAGAGCGAACUUUGGGUCUACGUUGGUGGAAAGGGACCAAAAGGGGAGUCAGCACACGCGGAAACCUCCCUGGGUGCGAGCAAAAGCGGUGAUGCAACGUCUAUAGCUGCCUCUGAGUGGAGCAUUGAUCUGGACUCUUCCUCCAGAGAUGCCCCCUAUGAGAAGAACUUCCAGCAGAUCAUACAGCUGCUGAAGCGCCUCACCGACCUGUGCGAACAAAGGGACAAGGACGGUAAGAAUGUCAAACAUCAGAAACACGAACAGAGGUUGUUGAAGAAUCUGGGGGCACACCAAGCCGUCCUCGACCUCUUACAAGUACCUCACGACGAAAAGGACCCGAACAUGCAGGAUGUGAUGUCACAUGCCCACUACUUCCUACAGGCGUUCGUGCGGAACAACCCCCAGAACCAGGCUAUCCUCCACAUUAAUGUAGAGAGAUUCUUAGUGCCUGGAGUAAACGAGGCAGUGACCGCCACAGCAAUCUUCAAAGACAACGUGCAGCUGUGUCUGUGUGUGACGGACACUAUAAUACAGCACUACGUGCGGUGUAUAGAGAGUGACGGUCUGCACGUGGAGUACCUGGUGUUCCUUCAGACUGUGGUUAAGAGUGAGGGACAGUUCUUGAGGAAGUGCCAGGACAUUGUCAUGCAGGAGCUGUUACAAGCGGGUGAAGAGGUCAUGUUGCUCUACAACGACCGACAGAGUUUUAACCAGCUUGUCCAGCUGAUGACGGAUUACCGGGAACACCCAACUCCUCACUCUCCCCUCCACUACCACAUUCAGCUGGUACACCUUCUCAGCGCCUGUACUGAGGGCAAGAAUGUGUACACCGAGAUAAAGUGUCACUCCCUCCUACCACUGGACGAGAUAGUCCACAUAGCGACCCACCAGGACUGCAUUCCUGAGAUCAAGAUAGCAUAUGUUAACUUCCUCAACCACUGCUACGUUGAUACUGAGGUUGAGAUGAAGGAGAUAUACACUAGUAACCACAUGUGGGAAUUGUUCGAGAACUUUCUUGUUGAUAUUUCCUUGGUAGCCAACAACGGCCGCCCUACCUCUAGACACGAAAUAGUUCUAGAACAGUACGUGACCAUCCCUGUCAUGCAGAUUAUAACUUCCUUCUUUUCCUCCCCAUUCUCGGACAGUUCCACCAGCAAUGCACGUCAGCCCAUGUUCAUGAGGUUGUUAAAAGGAGCAUUCCAGCUGAGCAGAUGUGAUUGGUUGUCCGGGGAACAGAAGUUCCACGUGGAGAACUGCAUCAAGACUCUCUCUGAAAUAGCAAACGAGAGGAAGAUUGUGAUAACAGCAGAUCUGAACGCGCAAAUGAGUUCCUUGUUGAACCGGUCUAUCCUUGGUAACCGUAUAGGAAACAAGUGGAUGGAUAGAGUGAGGAGUAGGCGACCCUCUGGGCUCGGAGGAAGUAGAGACUAUCGGACCAUCAUUGAGGGUCUUCAGGACAUAGUGAGUUUGUUUGAGGAGGAGAUGAGGCCGCAAGUUGAGGCUGAGAAGAGUGUCCUGGUGGAUGUGAUGCACCGUCCUGACCGCCUUUUCCCGGAGGACAGUGAGAGUCGGGUACAGUGUUCUGGAGGAGGUUUUGUAAGCAAGCUGAUCAACCACUGCGAGAAGAUGUUGGAGAAUAUAGACGAGGGACUCAUCAUUAGACUCCUCAACACCAUCCGGUGUAUGAUGAAAACCAACCUCCAGUUUACUCCCGACGCAUUAGCUUUACGUAUGAGGCUGCUUCAGCGUUACUAUGGAGACAGCGUAGUCGAGAGCACUAACGGUGCUAUCGGUGAACACGGAAAUGAUGACGAAGGUGAGCAGGAGGACGAGGAGGAGGACUGGUGCACCAAGAUAAAGCAAAGCAACACAGUCAGCGUGGCUAGGGACGACCUCACCUUGUUCCAGGUGCAAUGUUUGUUGGACAGCGCCGGAGCAACAGAGCUGUUUAUAAAGCUAGUAAUAUCAGCGUCCAGUCCGGCCGUCUUUCACGAGAGUUUACAACUGGGUAUAUCACUACUCGAGGGAGGCAACCCACUCAUCCAGCGGUCCUUCCACGAACGUUUCGUAAACCAAAACUCGGAGCAGUUCUUUUACACGAUCUUCACAAAGAUGGAAAAAGCAAUCGCGGAGAUCAAGAGUUGUCACGCAGUGGCAACUACAGAUGUAACCGGGCAGGGCAACAACAAAGCCAGGGUGGAUGACAUGCAGGAAGGUGUAGGGAGUAUCCCUGCUCAACUACAUGGAACUGACGACGACAACAGGGUUCCUUAUGAUCAGGAUGCCCUAUCUCAAGCUGCCAGUGCCAGUAAAGCUGCCAUGGCUGCCCUCAGGAAACCAGAAGAUGACGACCCUCAGUAUAAAGAGAUUGGACUUGAUGGAGUGGGUGCGGAGGUGAUGGAAAUGACACACGUCUUGAGGUUCCUGCAGCUUCUCUGUGAGAAUCAUAACCUUCAACUCCAGAACUAUCUUCGUAAACAGGACAACAAAAACUCGUACAACCUGGUAAACGAGACUCUGGAGCUGAUAGAUGCGUUAUGUGGUGGAACAACAGGAGGUCUGGGCCUGCUGGGACUCUAUAUCAACGAGGGUAACUUCGAGCUAGUCGACCAGUGUCUCUGUACUCUCACUGAGUUCUGCCAGGGUCCUUGCCCCGAAAAUCAGACCGCCAUCGCAUAUCAAGAAAGCAACGGAAUAGACAUCAUAGUAGCCAUAGUGCUGAACGACAUCAACCCACUAGCCAAAAGACGAAUGUCACUUGUCCUCCAACUAAAAAACGACGCCGCCAAACUCCUCCUCUCCAUCAUGGAGAGCAGGCAGGACUCCGACAUGGCUGAGCGAAUCAUGCAGAAUAUCCAGCCGUCCUACCUUGUGAACGCCAUCAGACAGGCUUACAAUACUGGUGAGGCUGAUGAGGUUCAGGGUGGGAGUAGUGCUGAGGAUAUCGACCCGUUGGAUGCGGAGGAAGAGAUCGGUGACGAUGAGGCCACCCCUCAUGAAGUUGGACACAACAUCUAUAUCCUCGCUUAUCAGCUAUCAGAGUAUAACAAGGAGCUGGCUCACUUGUUGUGUAGAGGAUUUAUUAACGAAGCUAGCAGACUCUCAGACCCUGCUCUCGAUUACUAUUCCAAACGAACUGCUCAGAUUGAGGUUGUACGAUACGACAGAUCACUGGAAAGGAUCGUGUUCCAGGUUCCGCCCAUCUGUAAUUACCUGACUAAAACCAGUAAACUGAAGGUCCUCUACACAGCUGAGCGAGAUGAACAGGGCAGCAAGGUCACUGACUUCUUCUCCCGUACUGAUGACCUCUUUAACGAGAUGAUCUGGCAGAAGAAACUCCGAGAUAACCCGCUGUUGUAUGCUAUCAGUAGGAACAUGCCCCUGUGGGCAAACAUCGUCUUCUUACUAGCUGUUAUCUGUAACUCACUGGUCGCUCUCUUCUACCCAUUCCCCAUGGUGGAAGAGGAAAUCCCGACCUCAAUAUCUGUGUUUGUGUGGCUGAUGUUAGUGGUGUUAGGUGCUCUGUGUUACCUGACUCCCAACAGCAAGACCAUCUCCAUGCUCGUCGUGUUCAGUAUAGCGCGGCUCAAGAUCACCGCCGGGAUGAACUUUACUCUUACUUUCCUGGGACUUUGUCAGGUGGUUGGUAAAGCCAUGUACCUGAUCAGUUACCUGGGAAACAGAGGGUUUAAAAGAGAAAACCUGAAGAGAGACGGAGAAUUGUUGUACCGUAACGUUUACAUGGUGCUCUGUAUACUUGGACUUGUUGUUCACAACUUCUUCUACAGUAUAUUGAUGUUGGACAUUAUUAUCCGAGAAGAAACGCUGCUGAACGUCAUCAGGUCAGUGACAAGGAAUGGUAAAUCCAUCCUGUUGACCACGAUACUGGCCCUCAUCCUUGUCUACUUGUUCUCUGUUGUUGGCUUCAUCUUCCUUCGCGAUGACUUUGUGAUGGAGGUAGAUCCUUCACCAGAAGGAGCCACUCAUAUCACUAGCUUUAUGAACGCCCUCAACUUCGGAAAUCCAGCACACCUUGAAAUAGCUGAACCAUCAACUCUGAGUGGAAUGGUGACGGAAGGAAUGGAGGAGACAUGCGCUGCCUUCUCCGACGAGGAAAAGGCUGCCUUGGCCCUCGACUGUGAGAAACUGUGGGAUGCUGUGAAAUGUUCUUGUUUGGGACCAGGUCCCCAGGAGGAUACCGCAACUAUUGCAGUGGAGGAGGAAGGAGGAGGUGAAGACGGAGAGCCGAUCAUGGUGAGGAUGUGCGACACUCUCUUCCUCUGUAUCAUCACCACCCUGAACCAGGGAGUCAGGAACGGUGGAGGUAUUGGUGACGUCUUGAGGAGACCCAACAUCUCGGAACUCUUGUUCUUCCCCCGAAUCAUCUACGAUCUACUGUUCUUCUUCGUUGUCAUCAUUAUAGUUUUGAACCUCAUUUUUGGUGUUAUCAUCGACACCUUCGCCGAUUUGAGGAGUGAGAAACAGGAAAAAGACGAGAUUCUGAGAAACACUUGUUUCAUUUGCAGUUUGGAACGUGGUGCUUUCGACAAUAAAACAGUCUCCUUUGAAGAGCAUUUCCGUAUGGAACACAAUUUGUGGCACUACCUAUACUUUAUAGUCCUGAUAAAAGUAAAGGAUCCGACAGAGUUUACCGGGCCUGAAAGUUAUGUGUACGAGAUGGUCAAGAAUAAAAAACUGGACUGGUUCCCGAGGAUGCGAGCAAUGUCUCUGUGCUCGGACGAAGCAGAGAACGACCAGAAUGAGUUUAGGGACCUCAAGGUCACGUUGGAGAGCACAAAGACCUAUGUUGAGUCACUGUCUAAACAGCUCCAGGAACUCAAAGACCAGAUGACGCAACAGCGGAAACAGAAACAGAGGACCUCACUUCUCGGGGGAAUAACAUCCCAGCAGUCAGUCGGACAGUCCACGUCCAGUACCACGUGACGUCAUGAUGCGUCUCACGUGUCAGAGCACAGGGCGUGACGUCAAGGAUACCUCACAGCAUCCGAUGCCACGUUUUGUAGCGUUUUAACUAGACUUUAAUUAAGGAAUUAUUCAGGUUGUAUAUCAAACGGGUAGAGCAAGGUUUGCGGGUAUCACAGAAUUUAAGCAGCGCAAAACUUUCCGGAAGCUAUUAAGGAGAUAUGUUUACACUCACGGUUUAGGUUUUCAAUUUAUUUUGGAACUAGAGUUAACGCGAUGUUGUUAUGAGUAGAUUUAGAGAAAAUAUGGAUGAUGAUGAUUAUUAUAUUAUUACUUAUUAUUAUCAUUAUUAUUACGAAGUUUUUAUGGUAUUACUUUUCGAUGUAUAUUUGACUCCGGAACGGUAAGUGGUUAGUAAAGUAGAUUAUAUUUGAUAUUAUUGAUAUGUUGAUUUUAAUUUAAACACAAUACGUAAUAUGUAAUUGGAAAUGUAAAGACGUUUAAGCGUGUGCAAUUUUUUUUGAAAUGGUUAGUUUUGAAAAUCAACGAAAUUUACAGUUUAAGAAUGCGAUAUCCAUUACCAUAACUUUGAGCGAUUUUCGAUUGUAUUUACUUUAGAUUUUGAAUUUGUGAGAUAUAUUAUUUAGUUUAGUCGCGUAAAAUUUAUUUUUUUACUGUUGAACAUGAUGCAGCCAACAUUUCAACAAAAUUGUUUUAAUUUGCUAAUUUUUAUUUUAUUUUCGGCAGAUUCAUUUUAAUGGACCUAACACGUUUAAGUACUCUAUCUUAACCAUUUACAUACCUUCCUGUUUAAGUUAUCACUCAGUUAUACCUUCUGAGUUUAUUGUUUGGGGCGGAUUUCUCGUGGAACAUUAGAGAGUAUUUUAGAUUUUAUCACGUGUUUUUGUUAUUUUUACGGGCCUUUACUCUCAGAUGGUCACGUGUCUAUUGCUGUUUUAGUCUUUUACCUUUAUCUUCAACUAGAUACAUACCUGCGACUUUUGUUUAAUAGCGUUUAUUGUACUGUUGUUUUAUGAGUCAUGUGACUUUGAGGAUAUAUAUUUAAACGUCGUGAAAUUA